CUAGAUAAAUAAAAUGUUGAAAUAGAUUUGGAAAAAAAUCUCCUAAAAGGCUUUUAAACUUGGAGGUUUGUUAUUCAGUUGGGUUUUCCUAUCAUGUUAACAUCAUUUGUCUUUGGCAGUUUAUGUUUUAAAUGAUGAUGAAUUCAUUGGCCAGCUGACUGAGGAUAAUGGCUGGCCAACCAGUUCCCUGAGUUUAAUUAGUGGGACACACUGGCAGCAUGUCUUCAAAUUAAACAGGGAAAGUGGUCAGGCUAAUACAAAGAAACCUUAUAAGUGGAGACUAAAAAAAAGGAAAAAAUAUACACCCUUUUAGAAAGUAUUUAACUUGUCCAUAUUUUAAAAAGUCAUUUUUUUCCAGUUAUAAAUGAAUACAGAAAAGUUAUCAUUUGAACACAAUACUGUAUAUACAAGCGGAACUGUUACUUUGCGCAAUUAAUAAUCUUUAAUAAAUGCUAUUUUAGUGCAUAAUUUAGAUUUAGAAUUUUUAAAAUGUGUUUAACUGAUCGACUAUAAGAAAUCAUAAUUAUUUAGCUGGCACACUCUUGACACUAAACUGGCUGUAAUGUAGUUACUGGCUGGUUUUCUCUCUCAAACCCACCCGACAGCCAAGAGAAUGAAUUAAGUAAUUUCAGGUCAUGCUUUAAUAAUUUUAGGAAACAGAUUAUAGAUCAAUUAUUAAUGAAUUAAUUUGAUUUGGUACAAAUUACUAAGAUAAAUACUUUUAUAAAGACUAAAAUAAUUCUCUUCUGAUACCUGUAGACAUAUUAUAUUUGCAGCGCUUGAAAAAAGUUCAUCUUGUUGAAUUUGUUGAAAUUGGAAGAUCUGUGACAUAUGGCCCUUUGCUGAAGGCUUAGUUACAUCUGAUAUAUUUAGGGAGGAAGUGAUACUACAAAUUUUGAACCAGAUGUCUGUGCAUGGGGCUGCGGAGAGAGCACACAGUGUUCAGAUGUACCAAAAACUGAAACUGAAGUUAAGAAAACUGAACUAUUUACUUACCUAACAGCUGAUGUUAAAUGAUUCAAAUCAUCAUCAUUCGGGAUGUUCUUUGUCUCACAAUUAAUUCAACAAAAACUCAGUGAAUACCAAGGAAAAAUGUUGAGAAUUGCAUUAACAAUCGGACACCAAUGUACGUUUUAAGCUCAAAUUCUGAUUGAUUUUAAAAUCAAGUGUGUGAACUUUUGUUGUGUUAACAUGUGUCUUCUAAAUCAUGUGUUGAAACUCAUACUGCCCUCCCAGCUCAUCUUUCCUUCCUUUCACAUUCCUGUAGUGUAAAAUGUGAUUUGCGGUCACAUUACAUCAACAAUCUGGUCAGUCUUGCUGAGCAACAUUGGCAGUAGUCUGUGCACGUUUUGUGUAUGCCAGGAGGGCUCUAGGGCUGGUCACUUAGGACAGAAGAAAAGAUAUUAGGCUGUUUGUCCUCAGGGGGUAGUCACAUGACAAGUUUAAGCCUAUGAGGAGGUGAAGCAACAUUGAAAAGAAGAGUAACACAUCCCCCAGUGUACUUACUGGUUUCUUAAAGAGUGACAGCUGGGCUGCAGUCACCACAGGUCUUUGCUUCUAAAGACAAUUCAAAGCUUGGUUUAGUCUGCCUUUUUUAAGAACAGAGAAGUUACAUAAAUACAUACAGUGUGUUCAACAUGUCAGCUGCCACCUGUCUGUUGUCUGAGGAGAACUUUUUGUGCUCCAUCUGCCUGGAUGUGUUCACCACUCCUGUCACCAUACCGUGUGGACACAACUUCUGUAAAAACUGCAUCACUGAAAACUGGAGAAUCAACAGAAAAUGUCACUGUCCUGUGUGCAAAAAGCUUUAUGACAAAAGACCUGAGCUGCAUGUCAAUAUAUUCAUAUCAGAGAUGGCUGCUCAGUUCAGAGAGUCAGUUGUAAAGAAAGGCUCAGAGCAACACCGUGCUAAACCAGGAGAUGUUCCCUGUGACGUCUGCACCGGGAUCAAACUGAAGGCCCUCAAAUCCUGCCUGGUGUGUCUGGCCUCAUAUUGUGAGACUCACCUGGAGCGCCAUCAGACAGUAUCAGGGCUGAAGAGACAUACGCUUAUUGAUCCUCUGGAGAACCUUGAGGACAGGAUGUGUACAAAGCACAAUGAAAUAAUGGAGCUGUUCUGCAAGACCGACCGCAUGUGUGUUUGCCAGUUUUGCACUGAGUCGGACCACGAGUCACACGAUGUUGUUCCUCUGAAAGAAGAAUGGCAGGGGAAGAAGGCCGAGCUUGGGAAGACAGAGGCCGAAUUUCGGCAGAUGAUUCGGGAGAGACAGCUGAAGAUGCAUGAGCUCAAACAGUCCGCAAAGCUCAGCAGUGAGGCUGCAGACAAAGAGAUAGCAGAUGGCGUGCAGGUCUUCACUUCUCUGGUGCAGUCUGUCGAGACAGGCCUGGCUGAGCUCAUUGAAACGAUCAAAAAGAAGCAGAAAACCACAGCGAAGCAGGCCGAGAGCUUCAUCAAAGAGCUGGAUCGGGAGAUCUCAGAGCUGAUGAAGAGAAAUGCUGAGGCGGAGCUGCUCUCGCUCUCCAAAGACCACCUCCAACUCCUCCGACGGUUCCCUUCACUGAACGCCUCUCUACCCACAAAGGACUGGACAAAAGUCAGCCUCGGUCAGCCAUCUUUUGGGGGAACUGUGGUGAGAGCUGUGUCUCAGCUCAAAGAAACGCUCAGCAAAGGGAUGGAGAAGCUGCUUGAAGCUGAGCUGAGGAGGGUGCAGCAGUACGCAGCGGACAUAACUCUCGAUCCCGAUACAGCACAUCGCAAACUCAUCCUGUCUGACGAUGGGAAACAAGUCAAUCACAACAAUGUAGAGAAGAAUCUCCCAGACAACCCAGAGAGAUUUUCAUAUUGUGUCAUCGUCUUGGGAAAGCAGAGUUUCUCUUCUGGCAGAUUCUACUAUGAGGUGGAAGUUAAAGGGAAAACGAAAUGGGAUUUAGGAGUGGCCAGCGGGUCGGCCAACAGGAAGGGAGAAAUCACAUCGAGCCCAGAGGCCGGCUACUGGACUCUGCAGCUGAGGAAUGGAAAUGAGUACAUGGCUCUGGCCGACCCCGAUGUCCUCCUCUCUCUGAAAUCACGGCCUCUGAAGGUGGGAGUGUUUGUGGAUUACGAGGAGGGUCUGGUCACCUUUUAUGAUAUCGAUGCUGCAGAUAUUAUCUACUCUUUCACCAGUUGCUCCUUCAGUGACGAACUCUACCCAUUCUUCAGUCCUUGUUUUAAUGAUGAUGGUGACAACUCUGCCCCUCUCAGGAUCUCUGCUGUCCUUAAAACUGACUGAAUGUGUCGCUUGUUUUCCAGAAAAUGAUUUCUUAUCAUUUAAGGUAAAGUCACAGAAGUGCUAAUAAUGAAACAAUCCAACAAGGCUUGAAACUUUAUCAAAGGCUCAUGUAGCAAUUAUGUCAGAAUAUUAUGUUCCAGUAAUAGCAGCGUAAUUAUAACUGGAUUUUAUCAUUUAAGAAAUAUUGUGAUGGUAAGGAGCUUUUUAUCCCAGGAGGAUGCUGACAGACUACUGCUAGACUACUGUAAUGAAUACGAAAAAAGCAUCUUGAUCAGCAGCAGCUACUCCAGAAGGCAGCUGCUCUUUUCAUUACUCUAGGUUGGUCUUAAUUAUUAUUUUAUUUUAUUUUAUUCCUACUUUUUAAAUGGUUUUUAACUCACAUGUCUUAUUAUUUUUUACUG